GACGGCAAGGCCUCYRAGCUCCAAGGAUGGAUCACUACUUCCGAGGAGCAGCUCCGCUACCAUGGCGUCGCCAUGGAACUGUGGCCCGUCGAGAUGUCAUCCCGUUUCAUAGGUCGCGCAGCCUCUACUUGGCGUGACUUCCUCGCUCUUCGAUCCCAGCGGGGUGUACAGGAGGGCAUGAGCUAUCAGGAGUUCCGCGAUUUCCUGCAGCAGUACUUUUCUCGUCCUGCGCCGACCCGCGACCCGAUUUCCCGGGUGGCCGAGAUCAGAUGGCUUGGUAGCGACAAUGCCCUCGAGUCAUAUAUCACGGCAUUCCACCGKGKCCGCGMCCAGAUCCCCGUCACCACCAUACCAGAGGAUCCCAUGAUCCAGCGAUUCCGYGCAGGCCUCCCCCAGSCAUUCCAGCUGCAGAUGAUGGCCUACUCCAUCUCUACGUUACCAGAGGCCUUCAACAUUGCUCGGGCCAUCCAUCUAUCUUAUGCCCCACUUGUUGGCUCUUCGCCUCAGCCUCCCGCCACCUAUGCUGCUGCUGCUGCAACACCUCGCCCCCCCCAGCCUCGACAGUCUUCCACUUUCCGUCGUGGUCCCCGCAGAGGUGCCGGCCGAUCGCUCGCAUGCCGAUUCCACGCACUGCUCCGUGACCCGUCGAGUGCAGAGGAGGGCACAACCUCGAACGGUUCGGCGAGUGACCCAGACCAGGGUGCCUCCCUUAUUGCAGCAGAGGAUAUCAUCGACUUCCUGGACCUUGAGUGUGUUAAGGUCCGCCAGGAACGUCUCCGCCUUAAAGAGCACACCCUCGCCGCGAUCUCCCAGCGCUUACACAAUCCCGAUCGCACUUUACCGAUUAUUCCUGUGCGCCUCGGGACCUCUACUAGAGUCUAUCGCGCAUUAUGGGACUCUGGCUCUACUGGCGACUUCAUCCAUCCUCGCGUAGUCAAGGAGGCAUCCCUCUACACAUCUUCCUACCCCUCCACUGUCACUGUCACCCUUGGCGACAACCAGGCCAAAUCCUUCGUUGAUUCUGUGGUGCCUGAUCUUYCAUUUUCCUUUCCCUUGCGGAUGCCCCGUAGCCUUCGCAAGGCCCCCCGGUUCCAUGACCAGUGGACUUUCGACGUCAUGGAAACCAUGUAUGACMUUAUUUUCGGCACUGCCUACUCACAUAAAUUUGCUCAUUCUAGCCCCGAUUGGGUCCACAACGACCUCGUCCUCUACACCAAGGAYGAUCAAGKGUAUYGUAUUCCGUUGUUGGGCAAAUCGGACCCUACACCUCCUCCCCCUGUUAAUGUCUCCAUUCUGACACCUACUCACUUUAACCACAUUCUUCGCCAGCCGGAUGCCGAACUUUACAUUGUCGACAUCACGGACCUUCUUACCUGCAACUCCAUGCAUCAGGACGUGGAGUUGGUCGAGCUCGAUCCACCACCCCCCGAGCCUCUAGAUCCUCCUGAUUCGUCGGCUCCUUCCAUUUCCACGUGCUCAUCACACUUUGUCGCGUCGUUUGACAGGGAGACACCAUCCGCACCUAUCCCUACGCCGACUCCUUCCACUCCUGCUUCAGACGMUGCUGCUGCUAAGGAAUUUGAUGACCUCCUAGCGACCUUGCAGCCAAGCGUCGCUACUCUCCUUUGCGAGUAUCGCGAUGUCUUUCCUUCAUCUGUCUCCUAUAGUAGCAUUCCUCCUAUGCGUGACAUCGAGCACCGCAUCCAGCUCGAACCGAACUACCGUGUCCAGCAUCGAGCCCCAUACCGCCUCUCGGUCCCCGAAGCCCAGGAACUUAAACGCCAGAUCGACGAGCUGCUUCGUCAGGGCUUCAUUAAACCGAGCACGUCACCGUGGAGCGCACCAGUCCUCUUCGAUCGAAAGAAGGACGGCGUCCUCCGCCUCUGUCUCGAUUACCGCGGCCUCAACCAGUAUACGGUCAGAAACAAUUAUCCCAUGCCCCGCGCAGAUGACCUGUUCGACCGCCUCGCUGGCCACCACUUUUUCACGAAGAUUGAUCUUCGCAGCGGAUACCACCAGAUUCGCGUGGCCAAGGAGGACCAGCACAAGACCGCGUUUCGCUCUCGAUUUGGACACUACGAGUUCACUGUCAUGCCGUUCGGCCUCCAUAACGGUCCUGCCACCUUCCAGAUGGCUAUGAACACGAUGUUCCAGGACCUUCUCGAGGACUUUGUUCCAGUCUACAUUGAUGACAUCCUGAUCUACAGUCGUACCUUAGAGGAGCAUAUGACCCACCUCCGCACUGUCCUCYUGCGAUUACGCGACCACGGAUUCUAUGCGAAGCUCUCCAAAUGCCCCUUCGCUCAAUCCAAGGUCGACUUUCUAGGACAUCAGGUCUCCGAGCAUGGACUCCACAUGGACGACUCGAAGAUCUUGGCUAUCGUCGAUUGGCCUACACCUACUUCUCUUCCUGCGCUACGUAGUUUCUUGGGGUUGACCAACUACUACGGUCAUUUUCUUAAAAACUACGCGCAGUACUCUUCACAGCUGACUCCUCUGACCCGCGGACGUCUACCCUUCCAUUGGACCCCGGCUCAUGAGGAUGCCUUUCGCUCUCUGAAGCGACUUGUCACGUCAGCCCCUGUCCUACACCUACCCGACUACUCCCGUCCAUUCAUCAUCACCACCGACGCGAUCGACUUUGCCAUAGGAGCUGUCCUCUCCCAGAUUUACCCAGCUCCUUCUACUUCUCCCGACCCCACAGAGUCUCGUCUCCCUCGCAUUCCUCGCUUUCCGCCCCCACCCCCAGCGACUGCGGCUCGACUUGCACCUAUCGAGCCCACCCCCUCAGGGGCUCCACCUCCCUACACCCCUGACAUCGCUGAUGACGGCACAGUGGAGUCUCGCGAUGGAAAGUGCCCAGUUGCUUAUCUAUCUCGACAGCUACUUCCUGCUGAGCGUAACUACACUACUGACGAGCGUGAGGUCCUCGCGCUGGUUUACGUUGUUAAGAAGUGGCGUCAUCACUUACACGGUCACACAUUCACUGUCCUGACGGACAACUCUGUCCUCGCCGCUUUCCAGACGAAGCUGAACCCCUCGCCAAGCUCGUUGGUGGCGUGAUCUCGCAGAGUUCGACUUUACCAUCAAGAAGAUUACUGGGGAAAGCAAUCGAGUAGCUGAUGCCUUGUCU